CGACUGUUGAACAACUCGAUUCUUCAGCAAGUCUUUCCGCACAAUGCGGGAUCUCUUAAUUGAUUAUUACACUCAAACGUGGCCAGCAGGUGUUCCCUCCACUGGGCUCUUAGAUAAUUGAUUUCGUCGCACAUCUCGCGGACAUGGCAUCGGCGCUCGACGACGACGAGCUCGCGUUGAGCAUCUCGAGCACCAAUGUACGGCGCCAUGCGCAACAGUCUCGGCCGCCUCAGUCGGAGAACGGGCGCAAGCGACAAGAAGAGAAUGAGCCAAUGUCUCGGCAGCGUGAACGUGAUCGUGACAUGCACAUUUCCCGCCCGGGCGCUAGGCUGGGUCAGUACAAGAUUGUGAAGACGCUGGGUGAGGGCUCUUUUGGCAAAGUCAAAUUGGCCAUCCAUGAGGUCACAGGCGAGAAGGUCGCUCUCAAGAUCAUAAAUAGGAGGAAAUUGGUUACAAGAGACAUGGCGGGACGGAUCGAGCGCGAGAUCCAGUAUCUGCAGCUCUUGCGGCACCCUCAUAUCAUCAAACUAUACACGGUCAUCACGACACCUACAGAGAUCGUCAUGGUUCUUGAAUAUGCAGGAGGUCCGCCACCAGAGCGUAACCCCAGUACUGGCAGUGGAUCAGACUCUGAUCACCAGGUUUCAGGAGAGUUGUUCGACUAUAUUGUCCAGAAAGGCAGAACUUCCGAAGAACAAGCACGACGCUUCUUCCAACAGAUCGUUUGUGCCGUCGAGUACUGUCAUAGGCACAAGAUUGUGCAUCGUGACCUCAAGCCGGAGAAUCUCCUACUAGAUGACAAAUUGAACGUCAAGAUUGCGGACUUUGGUCUCAGCAACAUCAUGACUGAUGGUAACUUCCUCAAAACCAGUUGUGGCAGCCCCAAUUACGCAGCACCGGAGGUCAUCUCAGGCAAGCUAUACGCGGGCCCUGAAGUCGACGUUUGGAGCUGCGGCGUCAUCCUCUAUGUUCUUCUUUGCGGCAGACUACCCUUUGAUGAUGACUACAUCCCUGCACUAUUCAAGAAGAUAGCUCAAGGUGCUUUCCAGAUUCCAAAUUAUCUAUCACCAGGCGCCGUGCGCCUCAUCAAACGCAUGCUUGUUGUUAGCCCGGUGCAGAGGAUCACUAUCUCCGAAAUUCGCAUGGACGAGUGGUUCAAUGUCGAUCUUGCCCCUUAUCUCCAGCUACCACCCGAAGAGUUCUUCGACACCGGUGUCGACCCAAACAAACCUAUCGAUCCUCGGAAUCUUGCCCCGUCCAAGGAUCCGGCGGUGGCAGAGAAGCUUCACGACAAUGUCGUCAGCAAACUUGGAGCUACCAUGGGCUAUGCAAAGACUGAUGUUGUGGAUGCCUUGUCCAAAGAAGAGCCCAGUGCAAUCAAAGACGCGUAUCUAAUUGUGCGCGAGAACCAAAUUAUGAAAUCGAAUCCUUUGCUUGCUCAAGAGGAGUCACUGCAACCUUUCCUUGCCACUUCUCCUCCGACUCACACAUCGCAGCUCGGUUCAACUCCUCAGACUGGCUCUCGGGCACCAUCAAAGCCAGCGGCGUCAUCACUUGCACGAACAAGUGCAGGAAAUGCGCAGAAUAUCCCGGAUCGUCCGCACCGCGGCUCAACAUCCAGCACACAAACGCAGGUGGAGCUGAAAAGUCCCGCAACUACGGUAUCUGUUCUGCCAUCGUCCUUGCCGCAGUAUCAUAGGGCUUACAUGAGCGGGCAUCCGACAUCUUCCAUUGACAGUCAGGCCGGUCUGGAUCCUCCUGCGCCUGCAAGGUCGGCCGAGGACAAGGCCGCUGCGGCCAGACGGCUUAAGCCGCAUUCACGAAGCAGCCAAAUACAACUCGAGAAGCUCAAUAAACCGGAGGCACUGACUCCGAUGCCUUCGCAGAAGAAGAACAGACCGACUAAAUGGCAAUUCGGCAUCCGAAGCAGAAAUGCUCCCGCAGAAGCGAUGCUGGCGAUUUACAAGGCGCUACGCGCCAUGGGUGCUGAGUGGGAAGUACCUCCAAUUCGCAAACCCGGAAAACGGAGCAGGAGCCAUAGCAGGUCUAGAUCAUCUUCAGGAUCAAGAACGCCUGACGAUCACUGGAGCGAUGAAGAAGCAGAUGUAGAUCAGCAUCACCGAGACUCACCGCAUGGAGGCGGAAGAAGGUCUCUGCGUGUACGCAAUUCGCGCGAUGGCCAUAUGGAGAUCGGGAGAGGCCGCAAGCGUGAUCAACUUGGCCCUCACAAUGACUGGGGAUACAUGGUGCCCGAGGAUCCAUGGAUCAUUCAUGCACGCUUCAGGCGGUCUGGAAUGUUCCCACCUGGCGUGACUCAACCGGCAAGCGCUCAUUCUUCCACAGCGGAUCUUUCCACAAUGGCAGGAUCAACCGCAGAGCAAAAUCCCGCAACUGCAGGGAACAGCGCCCACACCGGUCCACCAAGUGGCAGCGGGUCCAACAGCUCGCAGCAAGUCAGCCGGGAAGGCUCAAUAACUGGUCAGCCUAGCGCCGAGGAUCUCGGAGCCACGACCAGUAUGCUUCACAACAAAUACACAAGUCCAGAUGAGAGCGUCUAUGUGUACAUUACCAUUCAAUUGUAUUCCAUUGAGCGUGAUACGUUCCUCGUGGACUUCAAAUCUUCUGGCUAUGAGAAUCUAGAGCGUCGCUUCGUCAAAGAAGUUCGCGUUCAGGGUCAUGCUGUGGCGGAUGCAGCUGUCCAAGGCGACAAGCAGCAGGUUGGGUGGAGGAGACUUGGACCUGGAGAGCAGGUUGAAGGCGUGGAAGGAUUGGAAGUUCGAGAGGUAGAGGAGUUUGUACAGAUGGGAAGGGCCACAACAGAGAAGAGGGCGACCAGUCCUUUUCCGUUCCUGGAUGUGGCCAGUGGACUUAUCAUACAGCUUGCGGAGGGUGGAGAGUAGGCUUCUAUGUUCUGCGGGAGGCGGCUCCUUUCAUUUCUAAAUGUAACGGGUAGGCGGGCUGCAAAGCCGGACACCGUGAUAUAACACUUCACCGACAGCCUAUGUGACAUAUGGCAGAGUAGAUCUUGUAUGAUUUAUGAACAGACAUAUGAUCGAAGCAAGUCGUCGUUUGUUUCCUUCCACAAUGAAUGGAUUUGAAUCA